GUGACGUGAAGCCGGAUCUGAGCUGGUUUACAGCGAGACUAGGAAUUCCGUUACAUUUAGAAAGUAGAAUAACGCAUUUCUCUAAAAAUGUAAGAAAACGUAUUAUAUAUUAUAUACUUCUAUAUCUUCAUUUGUUAACAGAAAAUGUUUUUUUAUGAUAAAGACGCUAGCAUUACUGCUAACGUGUGCUGACUACAGAUAAAAGUGCGCCUCUGUGGUGUUGAGAGUAACCCGGAUGAGGAAGUUCAGUGGGAGGUCUCCUGUGUUGAGGCUCUGUGGCCGGAUCUUCACCGCGGUUUCUCCUCGGAGGCUCUGCGGGUCUCCUGCUCUUCUCCUCGGUUAGCGCUGCUCCGGAGCCUCGCUGGGCUCCUCUCACCAUGGCUCUCUAUGAAUAUGUGACCCAGGAGCAGCUCGCGGGGUUUGAUAAGUAUAAGUACAGUGCAGUGGACACCAACCCGCUGUCCGUCUAUGUUAUGCACCCUUUCUGGAACUCUAUGGUGAAGGUUUUGCCCACAUGGUUGGCACCAAAUCUGAUAACGUUCACUGGCUUCAUGUUCCUGGUGCUGAACUUCGUCAUCCUCUCGUUGUAUGAUUUUGAUUUCUACGCCUCAGCUGAGGGUCACUCGCACGUGCCCAGUUGGGUCUGGAUCGCGGCUGGUCUCUUUAAUUUCAUAGCGUACACAUUAGAUGGUGUGGACGGUAAACAGGCCCGCAGGACGAACUCCAGCACUCCUCUGGGGGAGCUGUUUGAUCACGGGUUGGAUAGCUGGGCGUGUGUGUUCUUCGUGUGCUCCAUGUACUCGGUGUUUGGUCGCGGGGCGAGCGGCGUCGGCGUGAUCACGCUCUACUACCUGCUCUGGGUCGUCCUCUUCUCCUUCAUCCUCUCACACUGGGAGAAAUACAACACCGGCGUCCUCUUCCUGCCCUGGGGCUACGACCUCAGCCAAGUGACAAUUUCUAUUGUGUAUAUAAUAACAGCGGUGGUUGGAGUGGAGACGUGGUUCGAGCCGGUGAUUUGGCAAAUCCACUACAGAGAUCUGUUCAUCGUCAUGAUCCUGGGAUGCCUGUUCGCUGUAACAUUGCCAAUGAGCCUCUAUAACGUCCUAAAGGCGUAUAGAAACAACACACUGAAGCACAGCUCUUUAUACGAGGCUCUCCUGCCCUUCUUCUCCCCGGCGCUCCUCUUCAUCCUCUCCACACUGUGGGUCAGUCUUUCCCCCAAUCACAUCCUGGAGCUGCAGCCCAGGAUCUUCUACCUGAUGGUGGGAACGGCCUUCGCCAACGUCACUUGUAAGCUGAUCGUGUGUCAGAUGAGUAAUACUCGGUGUGAGCCGCUGAGUUGGCUGCUGGUGCCGAUGGCGGUGGUGGUGGUGCUGGUGCUCUCGGGGGUGGUGCAGCAGAGUGAGGCGGUGCUGCUGUACGUGUGUACGGCUGUGGUGGUUUUCAUGCACAUACACUACGGCGUGUCUGUGGUGAAGCAGUUGAGCGAUCACUUCAAUAUCUUUGCGUUCUCUCUGAAGAAGCCGAGUUCUGACUGACAGGACGAGCAGAAGAUCGGCCUCACGGCUGCAGAGGUUUAAGCUUUUCUCCAGCCUCCUCUGCAGCCGGCCGACACCCGACCAUCACCACCCACCUCACCCCCACCUCACCUCCACCCAAAACCCUGCUGACCAAACAAGCCUUCCCAGCCGGAGCCCACACACGCAGCUGCACCACCAGGACCGAGUGAGCCUAGAGACGCAGCUGCACCACGGGGCCCUGAGUCUCUGUGUGCUCAGCUGAUUGGCCGGCUCUGUGGAGCUGCGUUCGUGUGUUUAGUUCGACGCUGAGGAGAUUCGCUUGUUUCCUACGGAAAUGUGCUUCAGCGAAGAUACGGGAUCUAACUACGGUUAACACACACACACACACACACACAACAUCCUCAGACAUCCAUAACUACACAACCACACACACACUCACACAUUCAGGCAUGCCCAGUCACACACACAACCCAUCACAACACACACAACACACAAACUCCUGUUCACACAGUUAAUGAAUGUUUAGUGCAUUAUUUGCCUUGGGGCGUAUUUUUGGGGUAUUAUUAUUAUUUUAUUUCUUGAACAAAAAAAAGAAACAGCCCUGAUGUUUUUGUAUUCGGUCGAGUUUGUAGCUUUAUGAAAAUCCCUGAUCUAAAUAAUGAUGAUUUUUAUUUUACUGGUGGAUGAUUUAAUGUAAUUUUUGUUUGGUAGAGAUCGUUUUUAAGGCAUCAUGUUCUUCGCUGUGCCUGACAGCUCUGUAAAGUAUAAACCUCUGUAAAAGAAGAAAAACAGUUUUUUAGAACUCACUUUAGAACAAACCCUGAACUUCUACAACAUCUCCAGCUCACCAGGAGCUCACCAGGAGCUCAGCAGGAGCUGUAAUGAACCAGUGGAUCUGUGACCUCCUCACACGCAGCCUCAGCCCCUCACGGACUUGUUAUAGGGUGUGGUUUUUAAGGGGCCAAACCUUUUUCUUUUUCUUUUUCUUUUUAAAUUCUACUGUACCCACAAACCUCAGCUCCUUAUUUCUUAUUUUUCUGUUAGUUUUGUCAGAUUGUUGGAUGUUGGUGAUGGUGUGUGUCAGUCUGCCGGUUUUCAGAUUCUCAGCUUCAUUUUCUUUUGUCUCUUUUUGUUUGUUUUUUUUCGCUUGCUUGAUUUUCACUAGUGAGCUUUUAUUGAGUUUAUUUGCGCUUGAAUGAAGAGUGCGCUUCAAAGCCUGUCCAGGAGGGGGCGCACUCGGAGUGUGAGCGGGCCGCACCCCGCUUCGUACUCUAAACGCGAUAAAAGCACUGUAGUGUCUCUCUCUCUCUCUCUCUCUCUCUCUCUCUCUCUCUCUCUCUCUCUCUCUCUCUCUCUCUCUCUCUCUCUCUCUCUCUCUCUCUGUGCUGCCAAACUGCUGCCAAGACUCGCUUUAUCUUUCUUUCUUUCUUUUUAUUUCCUUGUUUUUCUUUUUUGAUUUAAGGCUUUAGGGCUGCAUCAUAAUAAUAAUAAUACGAACAGAUUAUAUAACGGCGAUUUAGUUUUUACGUAGCAUAGAGAUAAGUUUAAGCUACUAUGUGUGAAGUAAAUAUACAGCGCUGUGUUCAAGAAUCGCACAUGUUGACUUGACGGCGGUUAAACUUGACUAUACUGUUGUAGUACUGGAGUGAUCCAGCAGGUGAGGUGAUUGCGUAUUUGAUACUACCUCCACCAUGCUUUUGAGCGCUGCUUGAAAUCACUGCUCGAGUCCCACCUCGACUCCUCGACGUCUGCUGGAACUGAUUGAUUGUACAGUCUUUUUUUUUUUUUUUUUUUUAAUUUUGUUAAACUAAACCUGAGUACAAGGGAGAAGGUAGAAUCUCUUGUGGGUGUGUCGUCAUUGUGUACGUAUGAUGACAUGCCAAAAGUCAUGGGACAAUAACUAUCUACUCUAAGUAUUGUGUCCCGUGACUUUUGCCUCUCUGUACACAGAGACCUGCGAGAGUCACUCGUCUCUGUUCACGUGGACAGUUUAAGCCAGACACUGCCGGUCAUGAUGAUAAAUAAUCCACGGUGAGUGUGGUGAUAUUGUACAUAUUACCUUUUGUGACGUAUUUAAUUCACCUGGCGCUGUGAAACUGAAGAACGUUAAAUUAAAUGGCCACAAAACUUGAACUAGAAAUGGAAUGUCCAUCAUUCUGGCAACACUGAAAACUCCGAUAAUUGACGUGGCCUUGCCAUGAGCACAUCGGCCAGUGUUUAACCUCACUUUAACCACAAGGUGGUGUUUCCACCAUCAACAGUUGGUUGGAAAUUUAACAGCAUAGAAUAGAAAAAAAAUAACGCGCAGUGAUUGGUCACAGGCUCAUUUGCAUAUUCCAGCCUUGCAUAUAUUGCAGCCUUCUGUCAUAUUAAGAUUAAUAUUAGUAUUGCAAAGACUGGUGUUUAAAAAUAUAAACUAAUUAUAAUGUCUCUGAUUUUUCAGCCCUAUUGCUUUUAUUAUUUUAUUUUCUUAGUUUUUUUAUUGUUGUUUUUAGUUUUAAUGGAAAGUGGUCAUAUACACCGUAAGUGGAAUGUUCAAUUACAUCUUUCAUACGAUGUCCAAAGUGUGUGUGUGUGUGUGUGUGUGUGUUUUGCAAUGUAUGUACAUAGCGUGUGUGUGUGUAUGAGUGUUGACUCUGAUUGGUUGCUCUUACUCCGGACAGUUCUCCUGUGGGCUCUGUAUUUCAGGGUCUGUCUGUAAAUCCACUGUUCAAUACUCACAUCUGAGUGUUUAAUUAUUUAAUGAUUAUAAAAUGAUUGUUUUUAAUGUUUUAUUGGUUCAGAUUUAAGGAAAACCUCUCAGAGACGCUCCAGUGUGAGUGAAGAUGACUCUCUAGCUGCUCACUGGUCCACUGAUAUAUAGAUAUAAAUAUAUAAAUAUAAAUAUGCUCAUAUACGUACAGACUGUAAUCUCCUGAUUGGAUCUCUGGUUGUUUAAGGGACGGUCCACAGUUCAGAUAAUAGCGCGUGUGUUUUCUGUGUAAAAAGCGAAUAGUUCUGUAAAAAUAAACCUGUUCUCGGACCCUGUGUAUGAGGUCAGUAUUUAUUGUAAUGUCUUUUACUUUUUAUUUUGGAUUUUUUUUUGUCUCUUUUUUUUCUUCUUUUUUUUGAAAUAAAGCAGACUAACGUGGUGCUCUAA